AUGGUGACACGACUAGCCCGGCGCCCCCUCGCCACUGAGGGAAACUUGACUGCCUCUAAUUGUUAUAGAAAUGUAGGUACAGAAGUGUGCUGGAACUACGAGGCUCCCAUAGGAUACACUGAUGGGGGAGGAGUACAAGAUAGAGUAAAAGAAGCCAAAGUUAAUUCAGAAAUACAAGAAAGAAUAAAAAAAAUAUAUCCUAGUCUUAAUUAUCAUCCCCUGGCGCUGCCUAAAGACCGAGGAGAAUUAGAACUUGACCCUCAAACAGAAGACUUAUUAGAACUUACUCAUGCCCUCUUAAACCAGACUGUUCCUUCCCUUGCUGAUAACUGUUGGUUAUGUCAGAAAAUUGGGCCCCCAGUGCCCAUCCCUUUAAUCAUCAAUGCCUCUGCCAUUACAAAUAACUCAGAUCCUGACUUAUUGCCUCUACAUAAUAAUUGUACCCUCUUGCCCCCCUUACAAGCCCAAGCCCUGCCCAUGUUACCAGGACUUUGUAUUUUUUCUUCACCGUAUCCUAACAGUUCCAGAAUUGAUCUGGGGACCAUUCCUCAUACAUCCUGCAGUUCAAACAUCACUAACUCUAUGGCCAUUAAUCUAUGUCCACCUCGGGGCACCGUAUUCGUCUGCGGGGGAGGAUGGGCCCAUAGCUUCCUUCCUGGUAACUGGACGGGUUAUUGUGCCCUCGCUGUCCUACUUCCAGAUCUAGAUAUUGUUCCGGGCGAUGAAUCCAUCCCCAUCCUUUCUUUUGAGUACGUUGGAGGUCUCCAAAAGAGAGCAAUCCAAAUGAUACCUUUAUUAGCAACACUGGGUAUCGCCGCUGGAAUGGCCACCGGAACUGCAGGAUUAGGAGUUGCGACCCAUGCAUAUCAUAAGCUUUCUCUACAACUUAUCAAUGAUGUCCAGCUCCUCUCGGAAACUAUCUUAGACAUUCAAAACCAAUUAGAUUCCCUCGCUGAGGUAGUCCUGCAAAACAGAAGAGGCCUAGACCUACUAACAGCCAAGAAAGGCGGAGUUUGCUUAUUUUUACAGGAGAAAUGCUGUUUCUAUGCCAACAAGUCCGGUAUAGUCCGUGACAAAGUCAAAAACCUUCAAGAUCAACUUGAAAAAUGGAGCAAAGAACUCCAGGAUAAUCCCUUCUGGUCUGGACUCGGCGGGCUUCUGCCUUACCUCUUACCUAUCUUAGGACCUUUCCUUGGCCUUCUACUUGUUAUUUCGUUUGGGCCCUGGGCAUUUAAUAGACUAACAAGUCUCAUUAAACAACAAAUUGAUUCCAUCUUAGCUAAACCCAUCCAAGUUCAUUAUCAAAGACUAGAGAUGGAGGACCCAUCUGGGGCUGAGUACAACACCCCCUUGGGGUCCCCGCCUGCCUUAUAUCUGAAGUAG